CUAUACGGAUUAUUUCACUAUAACCCCAUGAUGCUUGGACUGGAAUCUCUCCCAGACCCCAUGGACACCUGGGAGAUUAUAGAGACUAUUGGCAAAGGCACUUACGGCAAAGUCUACAAGGUAGCCAACAAGAGAGAUGGGAGUCUGGCUGCCGUGAAGAUUCUGGACCCCGUCAGUGACAUGGAUGAGGAGAUCGAGGCCGAGUACAACAUCCUGCAGUUUCUCCCCAGCCAUCCCAACGUUGUAAAGUUUUAUGGGAUGUUUUACAAAGCCGAUCACUGUGUGGGAGGACAGUUGUGGCUGGUUCUGGAGCUGUGUAAUGGGGGCUCUGUCACUGAGCUUGUCAAGGGUCUCCUGAGGUGUGGCAAGCGGCUGGAUGAAGCUGUGAUCUCCUAUAUUCUGUAUGGAGCCCUCUUGGGCCUUCAGCAUUUGCACCAUCACCGAAUCAUCCACCGAGAUGUGAAGGGGAAUAACAUUCUUCUGACGACAGAAGGAGGAGUUAAGCUCGUUGACUUUGGUGUCUCUGCUCAACUUACAAGCACGCGGCUGCGGAGAAACACAUCAGUUGGGACCCCAUUCUGGAUGGCUCCCGAGGUCAUUGCUUGCGAGCAGCAGUAUGACUCGUCCUAUGACGCUCGUUGUGACGUCUGGUCCUUGGGCAUCACAGCCAUUGAGCUGGGCGAUGGAGACCCUCCCCUCUUUGAAAUGCACCCUGUGAAAAUGCUCUUUAAGAUACCAAGAAACCCUCCACCCACUUUGCUGCACCCCAACAACUGGUGUGAGGAAUUCAACCACUUCAUUUCACAGUGUCUCAUUAAAGACUUUGAAAAGCGGCCGUCGGUCACCCAUCUCUUGGACCACCCAUUCAUUAAAGGAAUUCAAGGCAAGGUUUCGUUUCUGCAAAGACAGCUGGCCAAGAUGCUCCAGGACCAGAAGCAUCGAAACCCUGUUGCUAAAACCAGGCAUGAAAGGAUGCAUACUGGAAGACCCUAUCGAGUGGAGGAUGCUGGCAAAUGCUGCCUUGAGGAUGACUUGGUCAAUCUUGAGGUCUUGGACGAGGAUACAAUUAUCUACUGGCUGCAGAAGCGGUAUGCAGACGCACUGAUCUACACCUACGUUGGAGAUAUUCUAAUUGCCUUAAACCCCUUCCAGAAUCUAAGCAUAUACUCUCCACAGUUUUCCAGGCUUUAUCAUGGGGUGAAACGUUCCUCCAAUCCCCCCCACAUAUUUGCGUCAGCGGAUAAUGCUUAUCAGUGUUUGGUUACUUUCAACAAAGACCAGUGUAUUGUCAUCAGUGGAGAAAGCGGAUCGGGGAAGACAGAAAGCGCCCAUCUGAUCGUUCAGCAUCUUACUUUCUUAGGAAAGGCCAACAAUCAGACCCUACGCCAGAAAAUCCUCCAGGUGAACUCUCUGGUGGAAGCCUUCGGGAACGCCUGUACAGCCAUCAAUGAUAACUCCAGCCGCUUCGGAAAGUAUCUGGAAAUGAUGUUCACCCCAACUGGAGCCGUCAUGGGGGCAAGAAUCUCCGAGUAUCUCCUUGAAAAAUCCAGAGUUAUUCAGCAGGCAGCGGGAGAGAAAAAUUUUCAUAUAUUUUACUAUAUUUAUGCUGGUCUUUAUCACCAAAGGAAACUUGCUGAAUUCAGACUUCCUGAUGAAAAGCCUCCUAGAUAUAUAGCUGCCGAAACUGAAAGAGUCAUGCAGGACAUCACUUCCAAAGAAGCUUACCGGAGACAGUUUGAAGCGAUUCAGCACUGCUUCAGGAUUAUUGGAUUCACUGACAAGGAGGUACACUCUGUGUACAGAAUUCUGGCUGGGAUUUUGAAUAUCGGCAACAUUGAGUUUGCAGCUAUUUCCUCUCAACACCAAACUGAUAAAAGCGAGGUACCAGAUCCUGAAGCUCUGGAAAAUGCUGCCUGUGUGCUCUGCAUCAGCUCUGAAGAGCUUCAAGAGGCCCUCACGUCCCACUGUGUGGUCACACGAGGAGAGACCAUUGUCCGAGCCAACACAGUGGACAGGGCUGAAGAUGUCAGGGACGCCAUGUCUAAGGCCCUCUAUGGGAGGCUGUUCAGCUGGAUUGUGAAUCGAAUCAACACGCUCCUGCAGCCGGAUAAAAACAUUUGUAGUGCAGGGGACAGGAUGAAUGUGGGCAUCUUGGACAUUUUUGGCUUUGAGGAUUUCCAGAGAAAUUCCUUUGAACAGCUCUGCAUAAAUAUUGCCAAUGAACAGAUCCAGUACUACUUCAAUCAGCACGUGUUUGCUCUGGAGCAGAUGGAGUACAAGAACGAAGGCAUUGAUGCUGUCCUUGUGCAGUAUGAAGACAAUCGCCCACUCUUGGACAUGUUCCUCCAAAAACCCUUGGGCCUUCUGGCACUUUUGGAUGAGGAAAGUCGAUUUCCCCAAGGAACAGAUCAGACCUUGGUUGAUAAAUUCGAAGACAACCUACGGUGCAAGUUCUUCUGGAGGCCCAAAGGAGUGGAACUCUGUUUCGGCAUUCAGCACUAUGCUGGACCGGUGUUAUAUGAUGCUUCUGGGGUUCUUGAGAAAAACAGAGACACCCUCCCUGCUGACGUGGUGGUAGUCCUGAGGACGUCCGAGAACAAACUCCUUCAGCAACUGUUCUCAAUUCCUUUGACCAAAACAGGUAAUUUGGCGCAAACCAGAGCGAGGAUCACAGCAUCCUCGAGAUCUUUGCCUCCACAUUUCAGUGCUGGGAGAGCCAAGGUAGACACCCUGGAGGUGAUCCGACAUCCAGAAGAAACCACCAACAUGAAGAGACAAACCAUGGCUUCUUACUUCCGGUCAAGGGCCUUUGAGGAGCUCGUCGUGGAGCCAAGUGAGUUAGACGUCUUUAUCUUUUCUCAGAUAGACACCGAGGGACCACAUGGAAGUGCUGGGCAGAUCAAGCCCCAGUCAAAACUGAAGGAGUCAGGAGUCCUCAAAACACAGCACACUGUUCCAUUCUUUGGUGCCUUUGUUCACUUCAGUAGUCCUCAGUCACGUGGGUAUUAUUACUUGGCAUUCCGAGCACAUCAAACACCUCCGGCUAACAAAGAGAGCUGUGUUGCUAUCUUGGAAAAGUCCAGAUUAGAUCACUGGGUCCUGGGGAAAACAAAGGUUUUCCUCAAAUAUUACCAUGUCGAGCAAUUAAAUUUGCUUCUGCGAGAAGUCAUGGGCCGAGUGGUCAUGCUGCAGGCAUAUACCAAGGGCUGGCUCGGAGCAAGGAGAUACAAGAGAGCCAAAGAGAAGAGAGACAAGGGUGCCAUAACCAUCCAGUCAGCCUGGAGAGGAUAUGACGCUCGGAGGAAAUUUAAGCAAACAAGCCACAGGAGGAGUGAGUCUGUGCUUCAUAUUCAAGCAGUUCUCCAAACCACUCCGGAUCAGAAACACUGCCCAGAUUCAGGAGCAGAAUCCAACAGUGGUCACGAAGAGACUUCAAGGAACUGCCCUGCUGAAGCCGACACAGAUUGGCAUCUACAAGCCCACAGCUCCCCAACAAGCUGUGAUGCCACCUUAGGACAUGCAGAUAAGGCAGCUGGACAUGCUGUUGCUGAGCUCUCAGUUGCUGGACCCGAUGUGUCGUCUUCUCGGGUGUGUCACGCUGCCUCAGCUCACCAAAGACCGAGCCCCUGUGAAGACUCUCUCAAACCUGGUUCAGAAGAAGGUCUCUCCCAGAAGCAGCGAGCACCUCGCAGACGGUGUCAGCAGCCCAAAAUGUUGAGUAGCCCCGAGGACACCAUGUACUAUAACCAGUUAAAUGGAACUCUAGAAUAUCAAGGGAGCCAGAGGAAGCCAAGAAAACUUGGACAAAUCAAAGUGCUAGAUGGGGAAGACCAGUAUUACAAAUGCCUGUCCCCUGGGGCCUGUGACCCUGAGGAAAUCCACUCGGCCCACCCUUUCUUCUUCCCCUCGUCACCCAGAGAAGACUCCUUUGUUCAACAUUGAGCUGCCCUUUCCAGCCCCAGUGUGUCCUAGGUAAAAGCA